CUUCUACCAGAAGACAGGACGGUAUUUAUAAAAUCAUCGUUGACAGGAAAAAUAUAGUUAAAGUUUAUUGUGACAUGACGACAGAUGGAGGGGGUUGGACGGUCAUUCAAAACAAGUUCGAUGGUACAACCAAUUUUUAUCGAGACUGGAAUGACUAUAAAACAGGUUUUGGGAACAUUUCUCGGGAAUUUUGGCUUGGGAAUGACAUAAUCCAUGCUCUAACUAAAAAUGAUGAUCAAGAACUACGUAUAGAAAUGACGAAGUUUUCUGGUUCAAAAGUUUACGCAAAAUACUCAAAAUUUUCUAUUGGUGAUGAAUCCAAAAAGUAUAAACUGUCGAUCAGUUGAAAUAGUGGG